AUGGUCCAAGCUUUCCCCAUCUAUCUGCCUCGGCAGCGGGAGCUGAUCGCGACUUGGGUGAUCCUGCCUAUGCUGUCGAAUAUUACAGUUGGGCUUCGGUUUUACGCAAAGUCCAAGACGAGAGGCGUGUAUGGCUGGACAGACUGGAUGAUCAUAGCAUCUGCUUUCUUCACCACUCUCCUUUUUGUCUUUCUUCUGCUGAGUGGGUCUUCUCUUCUUCUCCAUACAUUCGAGACAAAAAGCUCCGCCGAAGCUCAAUGGCUAACAAGUGUCUCGUUACCAGUGCUUAUGUACGGAGGCAUUGGAAUUCCCGGAUACCCAUACACCAGUACUACAGAGCCAACCGACGUCUCGUUGAUCCACGAUCAGAUUGGUUAUGCCAAUAACAUCGUCCUCGUAUUUGCAGUCUACUCCUGCAAAGCCUCGAUCCUUUUCCUCUAUCAUCGUCUUUUCACAGGCCACAAUGGCCCGAUGAAUAUAAUAAUAUACGUGGCGUCGGGCAUAACCUUUGCGUGCUUCAUGGGAAGCUUUAUCGGUUAUCUCGCCGCCGUACGGCCGAUUGAGAAGUGGUGGGCUUGGGGCAAUGCCACGGCUGAGCAGUUCCUUGCCAUGCAAAACAUCAACAUCGCCUAUGACAGUUUGACAGUUUUUACUGACUUCUUGAUAUUUGUACUCCCACUCAAGUCAAUCUGGGGGCUGAAUAUGAACCGCGGAAAAAAGAUCGGUAUCAUCAUCUCCUUUUGCUUUGGGUUCAUCACCUGUUUCAUUGCUCUUGCUCGUGUUGUCUUCACACAUGGCUACCAAUGGAAGAAUCUCUACGAUGAGGGAACUUUGUGGUCCCUUGCAGGCGUCGAGCCAGUGGCAGGGAUUAUCUGCGCAUGUCUCCCUGGCCUGCGUCCACUGAUGCCCAAGACGUUCAAGAUGACGUCUUAUGGUACUCCAGCAAAUCCCAACAGAUUCAGGACUACAGGCACUGCCACGACGGAUAAUGUGAAGAGGAGUACUAAUAGGGAGCCCAACCCAUUUAGGGUCCUGAAUGAUGACAGCUCGGUGACAGAGUUUGGACGAACCGUCAGGGAGGUCCCUUCGAGAUCCGAGAUAAGUGAUGAGUAUAUUGAGCUUGAAGAGCAACGGCCCAAGGCAUUUGAUAGAUAG